UACUUUUAGCGUCCGUCUCCCCGCGUUUGAGCGAGCUCCAUCAUGGCUGCAGUUGAAUUUGUUUGAGAUAGAGAAACAUUUGGCAAUAGAUCGCGCAUGCAUUCGUUACUAUGAGGAACGAAUACGCAACAUAUUAGCAAAACAUGAGCCGCAGGGUUUGCUUGAUCUGCAUUACACUCUCUAUGAAUGUGAUGUGGCGCAUGGAACUUGGAGUCUUUCACUGUGCGAUCGGGUACGUGCGUUACUUCAGCGUCUUGGCGUCGUUGAAGAGGUAGCGACGACUCUACCCAUCGACCGAAGCAUGUAA